AUGUCGACAUCCGCCUUCUUCUCUCCGGCUUCUUCGACGCCCUCCGAGACAUCGGAGCAGCGGCUCGUCAGCCUGGAGCUCAAAGAUGGCACCGUCUACCAGGGCUACAGCUUUGGUGCUGAGAAGAGCGCUGCCGGCGAAUUGGUCUUCCAGACCGGCAUGGCCGGCUAUCCCGAGUCCUUGACGGACCCGUCUUACCGCGGCCAGAUCUUGGUGCUCACGUUCCCCCUCGUUGGCAACUACGGCGUGCCCUCGCGAGAGGCGCUCGACGACAUUCUGGGCGACCUGCCUGCCCACUUCGAGUCGUCCCAGAUUCAUGUUGCUGGUUUGGUCACUGCCUCCUACUCCGGGGAGGACUUCUCGCACUUCCUGGCCGAGUCCUCUCUUGGUACCUGGUUGAAGGAGCAGGGCAUCCCGGCUAUGCACGGUGUCGAUACCCGUGCUCUGACCAAGCAUAUUCGCGAUACCGGUAGCCUGUUGGGACGCAUGCUCCUCAAGAAAACCCCGGCAGCUAAUGGGACGUACGAGGAUGCCCCCGACGGCUCGCUCUUGGCUCCCUACACGGCCGAAAACUGGACGGAGCACUUUGAGGCUCUCGACUGGGUGAACCCCAACGAGAGGAAUCUCGUCGCUGAGGUGUCUACCAAGAGUCCGAAGCUCUACAAACCUCCAUCGGGAGUUGCUGUCAAGAUCCACCCAUCGGGACGCCCUCUCCGAAUUCUGUGUCUUGAUGUCGGCAUGAAGUACAACCAGCUCCGCUGCUUCCUGAAGCGCGGCGUUGAGGUUCUCGUGUGCCCCUGGGACUACGAUUUUACCCAUCUGUCUGAAAGGGGAGAAUACGACGGCUUGUUUCUGUCCAACGGACCGGGUGACCCGGCCGUUCUGGACAAGACGGCAAAGCACAUUGCCGAGGCCCUUGCCAAGAACGACACGCCGAUCUUUGGUAUCUGCCUGGGACACCAGCUGCUCGCUCGCGCCACCGGAGCCAGCACUCUCAAGAUGAAGUUUGGCAACCGCGGCCAGAACAUUCCCUGCACGAGCAUGGUCACCGGCCUCUGUCAUAUCACGUCGCAGAACCACGGUUACGCUGUCGACACGGCCACGCUACCGGCUGACUGGAAGGAGCUUUUUGUCAACGCAAACGAUGGCAGCAACGAGGGUAUCAUGCAUGUCAGCCGUCCUUACUUCAGCGUCCAGUUUCACCCGGAGAGCACUCCGGGCCCGCGGGACACUGAGUUUUUGUUUGAUGUCUUCAUUGACACCGUGCUCAACUGCGCAACGGAUGCGAAGUACCUUCAACUGCCGGUCACAUUCCCUGGCGGCACGGCCGAGGAGAACUCCCGGAAUCACCCGCGCGUUCACGCGAAAAAGGUGCUCGUGCUGGGCAGUGGCGGUCUCAGCAUUGGCCAGGCCGGCGAGUUUGACUACUCUGGUAGCCAGGCCAUCAAGGCGCUUAAGGAGGAGGGUAUCUACACCGUUCUCAUCAAUCCCAACAUUGCGACCAUCCAGACGUCCAAGGGUCUGGCAGACAAGGUAUUCUUCCUCCCGGUCAAUGCCGAGUUUGUUCGCAAGGUCAUCGUGUACGAGCGUCCAGACGCCAUCUACGUCACCUUUGGUGGCCAGACGGCACUGCAGGUGGGCAUCCAGCUCAAGGACGAGUUUGCCGAGCUUGGUGUGACAGUUCUAGGCACGCCCAUUGACACGAUCAUCACGACCGAGGACCGCGAGCUCUUUGCUCGCAGUAUGGAGUCUAUUGGCGAGAAGUGCGCCAAGUCGGCCUCGGCCAACAGCAUCGAAGAGGCCAUGCAGGUCGUCCAGAGCAUCGGCUUCCCUGUGAUUGUCCGUGCGGCCUAUGCCCUCGGUGGUCUCGGCAGCGGCUUCGCCAACGACGAAGAGGAGCUGUUGGCGCUGUGCGGCAAAGCGUUUGCCGCGAGCCCGCAGGUGCUGAUUGAGCGCAGCAUGAAGGGCUGGAAGGAGAUUGAGUACGAGGUUGUUCGCGAUGCCCAGGACAACUGCAUCACCGUGUGCAACAUGGAGAACUUUGACCCUCUGGGCAUUCACACGGGCGAUUCCAUCGUGGUUGCGCCAUCGCAGACUCUGUCUGACGAGGACUACAACAUGCUGCGGACGACGGCGGUGAAUGUGAUCCGGCAUCUCGGUGUCGUGGGUGAGUGCAACAUCCAGUAUGCGCUCAACCCGUUCUCGCGGGAAUACUGCAUCAUCGAGGUGAACGCCCGUCUGUCCCGGUCCUCAGCGCUGGCCUCCAAGGCGACGGGCUACCCGCUGGCCUUUAUUGCAGCCAAGCUCGGCCUGGGCAUUCCGCUCAAGGACAUUUCGAACUCGGUUACGCGCGUGACCUGCGCAUGCUUCGAGCCGUCUCUGGACUAUGUCGUGGUGAAGAUGCCCCGGUGGGAUCUGAAAAAGUUUACGCGCGUGUCGACGCAGUUGGGCUCGUCGAUGAAGAGCAUUGGCGAGGUGAUGAGCGUUGGCCGGACCUUUGAGGAGGCGAUCCAGAAGGCGAUCCGUGCCAUCGAUUUUCACAACCUCGGCUUUGGCGACUCCAAGACAGCACUCAUGUCCGUCGACGACGAACUGCAGACACCGUCAGACCAACGGCUGUUUGCCAUUGCCAAUGCCAUGCACGCGGGCUAUUCCGUCGACAAGAUUUGGGAGCUGACUAAGAUCGAUCGCUGGUUCCUGCACAAGCUUAAGGGUCUGAGCGAUUUUGCCCGACGCAUGACCACGCUCACCACCGGCGACGUCGUGAAGAGCCCCGACGUCCUGCUGCAGGCAAAGCGCCUUGGCUUCUGCGACCGGCAGCUGGCGCAGUUCUGGAGCUCCAACGAGAUCGCCGUGCGCCGUCUUCGCCUCGAGGCAGGCAUCACGCCGUUUGUUAAGCAGAUCGACACGGUGGCGGCCGAGUUCCCGGCCUUUACAAACUAUCUCUACAUGACUUACAACGCGACGGAUCAUGACAUCACCUUUGACGAUCACGGUGUUAUGGUGCUCGGCUCAGGCGUGUACCGUAUCGGCUCGUCUGUCGAGUUUGAUUGGUGCUCUGUGCGGGCUAUCCGCACGCUGCGGCAGUCCAAGUUCAAGACCAUUAUGGUUAACUGCAACGCAGAGACUGUAAGCACCGACCAUUCUGAGGCGGACCGGCUUUACUUUGAGAACAUCGACCUCGAAACCGUGCUGGACAUUUACCAGCUCGAAAAUGCCAGUGGCGUUCUGGGCGCGAUGAGUGGCCAGACGCCCAACAUGAUCGCCCUCCCAUUGCUCCGGGCUGGUGUCCGGGUGCUGGGCACAUCCCCAGAGAUGAUCGACACGGCUGAGAACCGGUACAAGUUCUCUCGCAUGCUGGACAACAUCGGUGUUGACCAGCCGACAUGGAAGGAGCUCACCAGCUUCGACGAGGCGCGGGAGUUCUGCAAUAUGGUGACGUACCCAGUGCUUGUCCGGCCUUCAUACGUGCUCUCUGGCGCUGCUAUGAACACGGUCUACUCCGAGGCGGACCUGGAGGCAUACCUGCAGCAGGCGGCGGAUGUGUCACGUGACCACCCGGUAGUGAUCACCAAGUAUAUUGAGAACGCCAAGGAGAUCGAGAUGGAUGCGGUGGCCAAGGACGGCAAGCUUGUCGGGCACUUCAUCUCGGAGCACGUGGAGAACGCAGGCGUGCACUCGGGCGACGCGACGCUGAUCCUGCCGCCUCAGGAUCUGGAGCGGACGACGAUUGCACGGAUCGAGGAGGCGACGCGCAAGAUUGGCGCAGCGCUCAACGUGACGGGACCGUUCAACAUCCAGUUCAUCGCCAAGGACAACGACAUCAAGGUGAUUGAGUGCAACGUGCGAGCGUCGCGGUCGUUCCCGUUCGUGUCCAAGGUGAUGGGUGUGGACCUGAUCGAGAUGGCGACACGGGCAAUUAUCGGACAGCCGUUUGAAGCAUAUCCGCCAACAGACCUGCCGGCGGGCACGGUGGGCGUCAAGGUGCCGCAGUUCAGCUUCUCGCGGCUGUCAGGAGCAGACCCGGUGCUGGGCGUGGAGAUGGCGUCGACGGGCGAGGUGGCAUGCUUCGGAUCGGACAAGUUUGAGGCGUACCUCAAGGCGCUGAUCUCGACGGGGUUCAAGAUGCCGCGGCGCAACGUGCUGCUGUCGAUCGGAUCGUUCAAGGACAAGAAGGAGAUGCUGCCGUCGGUGGCGAAGCUGCAGAAGAUGGGGUACAAGCUGUUCGCGACGGCAGGGACGGCGGACUAUCUGCAGGAGCAUGGGAUUCCGGUGCAGUACCUGGAGGCGCUCGAAAAUGAGGAGGAGGAGGCCGGCAACGGCAAGAGCAAGAGCAAGAGCAGCGGCAACGGGCAGAAGCGGGAGUUCUCGCUGACGCAGCACCUGGCGAAGAACAUGAUCGACCUGUAUAUCAACCUGCCGUCGAACAACAAGUACCGGCGGCCGGCGAACUACAUGAGCAAGGGAUACCAGACGCGGCGAAUGGCGGUGGACUACCAGAUUCCGCUGGUGACGAACGUGAAGAACGCCAAGAUCCUGGUGGAGGCGAUGGCGCGACACUACGAGCUGGAGGUGAGCCUGCGGGACUACCAGACGAGCCACCGGACGGUAGUGUUGCCCGGGCUGGUGAACAUUGCGGCGUUUGUGCCAGGGCUGGUGGCAACGGGCGGCAGCCGGGAUCUGCAGGCGGUGUCGCGAGCGUCGAUCGCGGCCGGCUUCAGCAUGAUGCGGGUGAUGCCGCUGGGAGUCGACGGAGCGAUCACGGACGUGCGGACGCUGAAGCUGGCGCAGCAGAACAGCCGGCGCGGCAGCAUCUACUGCGACUUCAACCUGUCGGUGACGGCGACGUCGACCAACGCGGGCCAGAUCAGCCAGGUGGCCGGCGAGGUCGGGUCGCUCUUCAUCCCGUUUAACCACCUGUCGGACAACAUCAACCGGGUGGCGGCGGUGACGGCGCACUUUGAGGCGUGGCCUGUGCACAAGCCGAUCGUGACGGAUGCGCGGACGACAGAUCUGGCCUCGCUGCUGCUGCUGGCGUCGCUGCAUAACCGGCGGAUCCACGUGACGGCCGUGACGACGCGCGACGACAUCCAGCUGAUUGCGCUGAGCAAGGCCAAAGGACUGCAGGUCACGUGCGACGUCUCAAUCUACUCGCUGUACCUCUCACAGCAGGACCACGCGGGCUGUCAGCUGCUGCCGACGGCCGACGACCAGGCGGCGCUGUGGGAAUACAUGGACGACAUUGACGUGUUCUCGGUCGGCAGCCUGCCAUAUCAGCUGGCUCAUUGGCUCCAGGGCCGCGACGGCCAGCCGAAGCGACCGCAGAACGAGGCUGACACAGCCGUGGGCAUCGCGGACGCGCUGCCGCUGCUGAUGACGUCGGUGGCCGACGGCCAGCUGACGCUGGACGACAUCCGCACGCGCCUGCACGACAACCCGGUGCGCAUCUUUGAGCUGCACGACCAGGUCGGCACGGCCGUCGAGAUCGAGAUCAACCGGCCCUACACGAUCGAGGCCGACGUCGAGGCCGCCCCGUCGCUGUCGCAGUCGCUGUUUGCCGGCCGCAUCAUGCGCGGCGCCGUCCAGCGCGUGACGUUCCAGCACGCGACCGUCUGCCUCGACGGCGAGGUGCUGGCACUGCCCGGUCAGGGCAAAGACAUGUCGACACACGGGGCCCUGCCGCCAGCCACGCCCGUGGUCACGCCGCUCUCGCCGCUGAUCAAGGCCCAGCAGAUGCAGCAUCAGCUGCAGGCCCAGCCAGACAGCCCGCGUCUGCGGCGGCAGUCCAUGCUGUUGUCGAGCAGCGCGCGGGCCCGGGCAGCCGAGUCGACGCUGCUGCUGCCCUCUGCCAUGGGCGGCUCGCCCUCGGCUGCAACAGGUGUGGCUGUGCUGGGCGGUGUGGCUGGACUCGGUGUGGCUGGACUUGGUGUGGCUGAGGAGGGCACCACGACGGUGUCGACGACGGCAGCCGUGUCGACCGGCCACGAGACCGGGUUUGCGAUGACGUCGACGCUGGCGGUGCCGUCAGCUCUGCCGGCGCUGCUGUCGCGGGCGUCGGCGUUCAAGAACCGGCCGGUGCUGUCGGUGCGGGACUACGACCGGGCCGACCUGCACCUGCUCUUCACAGUGGCGCAGGAGAUGCGGCUGGGCGUGCAGCGCGAGGGCGUGCUGUCCGUGCUGCGGGGCCGCGUGUUGUGCACGCUCUUCUACGAGCCGUCGACGCGGACGGCGUCGUCGUUUGACGCGGCCAUGCAGCGGCUGGGCGGCCGAACGGUGGCCGUGGCCACAUCAGCCUCGUCGGUGCAAAAGGGCGAGACCCUGCAGGACACGCUGCGCACCAUGGGACAGUAUGGCGACGCGAUCGUGCUGCGGCAUCCGGACGAGGGCAGCGUCGAGGUGGCUCGGCGCUUCAGCCCGGUGCCGGUGAUCAACGGCGGCAACGGCAGCCGCGAGCAUCCGACCCAAGCCUUCCUCGAUCUCUUCACCAUCCGCGAGGAGCUCGGCACCGUCCAGGGCCUGACCAUCACCUUUGUCGGCGACCUGCGCUACGGCCGCCCGGUCCACUCGCUCUGCCACCUGCUCAAGCACUACCAUGUCCAGGUUCAGCUGGUCGCGCCCGCUGCUCUCGCCCUGCCUGUUGCCCUGCGCGACAGCCUGCGCGCCCGCGGUCAGCUGCUCGCCGAGUCGCACGAGCUCACCCCCGACAUCAUCGCCCGCAGCGAUGUGCUCUACUGCACCCGUGUCCAGAAGGAACGCUUCCCGUCUGUGGCCGAGUACGAGCGCGUCCGCGGCUCCUACCGCAUCGACAAUGCCACCCUGCGCCACGCAAAGUCCAACAUGAUCGUCCUGCACCCGCUGCCGCGCAACGACGAGAUCGCCGAGGAGGUCGACUUUGACCAGCGCGCCGCCUACUUCCGGCAGAUGCGCUACGGCCUGUACUGCCGCAUGGCUCUGCUCGCCCUCGUCAUGGCUACCUGA